CUUGUUUGUUUCAAUAAAAAAAGCCUUUUUUUUUAGUCUUAUUUACGACAAAUGGAACAGCACAACCCUUCUCAACAUGAUGUGUUGAGAAUAACUGAAGCAAUACUGCCUUUAGUCAUUACGGGGCUUAGUAUUGUGUAUUUGUCUUUAAAGAGAUAUCACACAAAAUACCCUACUACACCAGAGAUUGAAUCCAUUACUGUGUCUCUCGAGAAGAGAAGAUCUGCUCUUAUCUUCUUGACUGGAUUUGAAGCUAUUGGAUGGCUUUACCUUUUUGCCCAAUAUUCACUUAAGCCUGCUAAUCACGAUUUCUAUGACUCUAUGACCUUGGUAGCUUUCCUCAUUAAUUGGUUGAGCUUGCUCGUUUUAUCCUUUACUUCCCCUAAUAUGAACCAUUACAAGGAUCGUGCAUACAACUAUGUUUUCACUUUUAUGUAUUGUAUUCUUUUUUUGCAAUCUGCUUGCCGAUUAUUGAUGUUACAAGACAACGUUCAAUACUGGGACAUUUCUUAUUGCUUUGUAACUUUUGUACUCUUUGUGAUUACUGGUACUACACCACAGCCUUAUCACCCUAGAGACCUUCAACCUGCAAGUUAUGAAAAACUUGAGAUCAAGGAUGGUACCAUCUAUCUUAACGAUCUCAUCUUGAGUCCUGAAGCCACCGCUAGUGUCUUCUCUUGGGCUGCUUUUCAAUGGAUGAACCCUCUGGUUGUGUUUGGGUUCCACAAUCCUGUUACACGAAAAAACAUCUACGCUAUGACUUUUCAGCACUUGUCCCGCUCUGCCUAUGCUGAUUUUGUGAAUACCAAAAAUUUCAUCAACCAUACCAAAGUACUUCGCCGUAUCUAUAGUUCCAACAAACAAGAGAUUUGGCUUCAAUUUGUUUUUGCUACGACUGCUUGUGUAAUUGGUUAUCUUGCACCUUUCUUCCAACAAAAAUUGCUUGAGUAUUUUGAACACACCGAGAAUCGCACCUCUGGAUCUCAUCAAAUGGCUUACUUGUACGUACUUGGUAUGUUUACUGUUGGCGUAGUCAAGUUGUUGUGUAAUUCAGUUCAAUUGUGGGUUGGUCGUCGUUGGAACGUAAGAACUUUUAUCAUGUUGGACUCUGAAAUCUUCUCAAAGACAUUAAGAAGAAAGGACAUGCUUGGUAAAGUAUCAAAGGUUGCUGAAAAGGAAACAGAUGAAACAAAGAAUGACGAAGAUAAGGAAAAAGAUGAACACGGCUCUUUCAGCAAUGUCGGGAAAAUUACCAACUUGAUGAGUAUUGAUGCGGAUCACUUGUCCAAUAUUCCUGCAUUCAUUCAUAUGAUCUACGCUGCACCUGUUGAAGCUACUGUGGCUAUGUUCUAUCUGUACAAGCUCUUGGGUAACGCUGCUCUUGUCGGACUUAGUGUCAUGAUUUUAUGUUUCCCAAUUACUGGUUACAUCUCGAAGAAAAUGAACUUGAGUUAUCAAGCCUACACCACUGCCAAGGAUCAACGAAAUGAACUCGUCAAUGAAUUGUUGCAAGGUAUCAGAAUGAUCAAGUACUUUGCUUGGGAGGCUAAAUGGACCGAAAAAAUUUCUGAAUCUCGUAAAAAGGAGGUCAGCAAAAUGAUCCGUGUCAUUAUUAUUGAUGUGUUGGUCCAUGUUGUUUAUCUGACUGUACCUGUUUUAGUCACUGCUAGUACCUUUAUUUGGUAUACUAAGGUCUCAGAAAAAGAACUCACCGCUAGUAUUGCUUUUGUCAGUAUCACCUUGUUUGAAAUGUUACGUGCUCCUCUCAUUUUUAUUCCUGAAACCGUGAAUACUUUUACUGAAGCCUAUGUCAACUUGAAACGUAUCAGUGACUAUUUGAAUGAGCCUGAAGUGGAUGAAAACAGAAACAAAGAGCCCAUUGAAGUUCCUGAAGGCGUACAACCUCAUGUUGUCUUGACUCGUACUGGUUUUGAACAAUCUCUGUUCCAAUGGCAUUUGGAAAAAGAAAAAGAAACUGCUGAUAAGUCUGGUAACGAAGAACAGGUUGUUUCCUCGAGUCCUUCAGCCUCUACCUUACAAGCUCAGCCUGUCCAUCGUGCCUUCCAACUUACCGUACCUCAAUUUAACUUUCCUACAGGUAAAUUAAGUGUUGUGUGUGGUCCUACAGGUAGUGGUAAAUCAAGCUUCCUUCAUGCCCUUUUGGGUGAAAUGGAUAUUGUCACAGGCCGAGUUUAUUUGCCUUCCAAGACCAUAUUAAAUGUCAACAAUGUUUCCAAGAUUGAUCCUGAAUACCCUAGUUUGUACUUGGAUAAGGUUGCCUAUGUUGCUCAACAACCAUUCCUUCAACAUGCUUCUAUUCGUGAUAAUAUCUUAUUUGGUUUACCUUUUGAUGCUGAAAGAUACAAGAAGACAUUGGUUCAAUGCGCCUUAGUUAAAGAUUUGGCUAUUUUGCCUGAUGGUGAUCGCACUGAAAUUGGUGAAAAGGGUAUUUCUCUUUCUGGUGGUCAAAAGCAAAGAGUUUCGUUAGCUCGUGCUGUGUACUCUCAUGCUAAAACUGUUCUUUUGGAUGACUGCCUUAGUGCUGUUGAUUCUCAUACUUCAAAACAUAUUUACAAGCAAUGUCUUAUGGGUGAUCUAUUGAAGGGUCGUACUGUUAUUCUUGUAACACACUAUGUGCGUCUCGUUCUUAAAGGUGCAAGCUUUUUGGUCAAGAUUGAUAAUGGAAAUGUGCUUGGUUGUGAUUCUGUUGAGCGUUUAAGAGCCAGUGGUGAAUUAAAUAAGCUAUUGGGCGAUGAAGACAAAGAAAAUGACGAAGAGGAAGACGACAUUGAAGAAAUUAUAGAUGAUGAUAGUACAGAUAUCGAUUUUGACCUGGAUGGUAAAAAGGAGACUGCCAAGUUGAUUCAAGAAGAAACCUCUGAAAAAGGCCAAGUCAAAUUCAAAGUUUAUAGCACUUAUCUUUCUGCUUGUGGUGGGUGGUUCUUUUGGAUAUGUCUUGUUAUCGGUUAUGUCAGUGCUCGACUCUUUACUUUUGCAGAAAACUGGUGGUUAAGAAUCUGGUCUGCUUCUUAUGGUACUGCAUCGCAUGAUAUCUCUUUAACAGCCAUGAUGAAUGAAACCCCUCAAUAUUUGGUCAUGUUUACCAACUCGCCUCCUGCUCAAAGUGUGUUCAAUGCAUUAGGCUCUGCUGUUCAAAAACAAAAUGUUUUCAAGUCUUGGGUAUUUGAAGAGAAAGCGCCCGUCAAUGUUGAUUACUACAUUGGUAUCUACCUUAUUCUCUGCUUUGGCUUCAUUUGUGCUGAUAUCAUAAGAAAUGUUCUCGUGUAUUACGGUACUAUUCGUGGUGCUUGUUCACUCUUUGACUCUAUGCUUAGUCGUAUUAUCCAUGCUCCUAUGCGUUUCUUUGAUACAACACCUCUUGGUAGAAUUUUGAAUCGUUUUGGUAAGGAUGUAUCCACAAUCGACAUGCAAAUUGCUCGUUCUGCUGGUUUCUUGAUUGAUUGUGUCACUGGUAUUGUUGCCUCUACCCUUGUUAUCAGUGCUAUUACCCCACAGUUCCUUGUAGUUGCUGUGGCAGUCAGCUGUUUGUAUUUCCUUAUUGGUAUCUUUUAUCUUCGUAUUUCUCGAGAACUGAAGCGUUUGAAUUCAGUUAGUCGUUCUCCUAUUUAUUCUCAUUUUACCGAGUCCUUGGUUGGUGUGGUUACUAUCAGAGCUUAUGGUGUAGAAGACCAAUUCAUGCGUACAGUUUAUGAAAAAAUCGAUGGCUAUGUUGCUCCUUUCUACCUUCUUUGGAUGAGCAACCGUUGGCUUUAUGCUCGUAUUGAAUUUACAGGUGCAUUUGUAACUUUCUUUACCGGUCUGUUCUUGAUCUUUAAUAUUGAUAGCAUUGAUGCUGGAAUGGCUGGUAUUUCCUUAUUCUACGCUGGCUCUUUCUUGGAACAUAUUUAUUGGUUUAUUCGCCAAUAUACUGCUGUUGAAAUGGAUCUGAAUUCUGUUGAACGUGUCCAGGAGUAUCUUGAAAUUGAUCAAGAGCCCCCAGCUCAAAUUAAAGACCAUCGUCCUCCUGCCGCUUGGCCAACAACUGCUGCUAUUGAAGUGAAAGACCUUGUGAUUCGAUAUGCUCCUGAACUUGACCCUGUAUUACACGGUGUUUCUUUCGCUACCAGACCUCAUGAAAAAAUUGGUAUUGUAGGUCGUACAGGUUCAGGAAAAAGUACAAUGGCUUUGAGUUUCUUCCGUUUCCUUGAAGCAAGUAGUGGUUCUAUCUCUAUUGAUGGCAUUGAUAUCUCCAAAAUUGGCAUUCAAGAUCUCCGUUCUCAAAUUACAAUUAUUCCUCAAGAUGCAGUCUUGUUCUCUGGCACUAUUCGAUCCAACAUUGAUCCUUUUGAUGAACAUUCAGAUGAAGCUGUUUGGGAGUCUUUAGAGCGUGCUCAUAUUGCAAAAGCCUCUGAUCGUUCAAAGCAAGUCAAGAGUGGCACCAACUCGCCAGCCAGUACUUCUAGAGCACCCACCAUUAACGAAACUGAACAACAAUCAGCUAUUACUAGCUUAUACCAACAAGUCAGCGAUGGCGGUAACAACUUCUCUCAAGGUCAACGUCAAUUAUUGUGUCUUGCUCGUGCGCUUUUAAGAAGAAGUAAGCUUAUCAUCAUGGAUGAAGCCACAGCUAGUGUUGAUUUUGAUACGGAUGCCAAGAUCCAACGUACUAUUCGUGAAGAAUUUAACAACUCCACUUUACUCUGUAUUGCACACAGACUUCGUACUGUGAUUGACUAUGAUCGUAUCUUGGUACUGGAUCAAGGCGAGGUGGUGGAAUAUGAUACACCACAUAAUUUAAUUACAGGCAAUGCAGGUGUUGGUGUAUUCAAGUCCAUGUGCGAGAAAUCUGGCGAACUUGAUGUAUUACUUAGAAUGGCUAGUGAAGCUUAUAAUAACAAACAAGACGCAGAACAAGCUCCUGAUAACCAUGCUCAAAUUUACUAACAAUAAAGUUUCAUCAUAAAUUGAGCAAAAGAAAUAUGUGAAUCUUCUGUGCAAUCCAGAAACUCUAAAUCGUAUUUUUCAAUUGUUGUACUUUGGUGACUUUCUUAAGGUAAAUGAGGUGAAUAAAUACCUUCUCCUUUUCCUAUUCAUCUCAGGAUGACUCUUGGUUCUGAAGUUUCU